AUGGCCGCCGUCCAGCAGCGACUCCAAGCACAUGGGAAGACCCGGUCUGCUCAUAUAAGCGCAAACACGUCUCGGCCUCUGCAGCAUGUUUCCGUUCCUCAGCUACCGCCAUCGUCAGGUCACAAUGGCGGUGGCUACUGUUCGACCGCCCCUCCCCUCGUUCUCUUCAUCAACAAUCUGAAGCUACUCGAUCUUCAGCUCCUCCCUGACUGGCCAGACAUAUCCGUCGACACCUUCGCGACGGGCACCACUGCCAGCUCAGCCCAGGGCCAGAAGAAGAGGAUCCAAUGUGUCGAAUGGGCCCUGUUCAGGCUCUUUGCCAUUUGGGAUCCGGAAGAGACAGCCAAUAAACUCAAGCCCUUCUUCCCACCGCUUGACCAGGUCCAGUCUCUCAACCUCCGCGCCGCCCUCCUCCGUGGCCUCGAACAAGCCAAGAAAAAAGGCGUGCUUGGACGGGACACCGUCCUCCGCAAGACCAUGCUAGAUGAGUGCAAGGGCGAGAGGCUAGAGGAGGUCCUCGCCUCCUUCUCAGCUGCCGUUCUCAAGAGCGUCGUCAUAGGCAAAAUCGCCGCCCAGGAACGCCACCCCGCCCUGGCGCUGACUCUCGCCGUCGAGCCCAAAGGAUACAAGGACGACAAGAUGGACCUUAUCACUCUGAUCAUCGCCCACAAAGUUUCCCUGCAAGGAAUGCGUUCCAGGAAGGAGGACAUGGCCGCCAAGUAUCGUGACUUUGGCGAUCUCCUGGGCAUAAAAGAGAGGGGUGUCAUCCGUCGAAAGGAGGAAGCUCGUCAAAGGGAAAAGGACAGCAUGGUAGCAGCUGUCUCCGACGAAGCCCGGCGGGAGAUGUGGAGGAUGGUCCGCAAUAAUUGGUCCGGCCAUGAGCGCUGGAUGGAGACGUUACUUCGAGGAGACGCUGGAGCUUCAAAGGAUGGUCUGUUCAGCAUGUCUUUUGACAGAGUGUGGCGCAGGGUCGAGCAGAACAGGCUGGGUGAGGUCGAGGCUAAAGGUGCUGGUCUCCUGGAGCAGCUCGAAGGCAGGGUGCAGCUGCACCGCGAUAGGCUGGAGAAGUGGCAGAACUAUCGUCAUGACAUAUUCCGUGGCCAGACCUCGGACGCCGGUGCCUCACCCUCAAAGCCCAGGGCAUCGUCCCGGGGAACAAGAGGCAUUGAUCUGGGAUUCGGAGCUCAUAAAAACCUGGUGCCCGGCAAGGUAGUACCUGGGAAGACGGGUGUUGGGCGCCUGAGCCCCAACGCAGAGUACCGCGACAUGCUCGAGGGUCUUGAAAAUGAGCUGGCUGAAGUCGACGACCCGCCUUCCAACCCCCUUAUGAACCUGCCUUCCAGACACACGGUGACCCGUCGCUACUCGGGGACCGAAAGAGCCUCGACCGGGACAAUUUCGGAGCUCAGUGACCUGGACGACGAGCUACGCGAUAUUGCACCGCCGCCCAAACCACCCGCCAAGACGUCGUCAAUGAUGGAAGUGCCAACGACAAGGCGUCUGCCAGUAAGGCCAAGACUACCACGACCUGAUGAGCCAUCGACUCAUGAGCCCCCCAGGAGGUCAUUCUCGUCCCGUUCACAGCCCAAACUUGCUUCACCGCCACCAAUGGACAUUUCGCGAGACCAGUCACCGCACCCUUCCACGCCGUCUUCCGGCAGCAGAGGUUCCAUGGACCGAUCUGGCUCUCGACCCUAUUUCCCCGGUGAUGACGUGCCGAUUUCGCCAACCAGGGCAGCGGCGGAGCAGAUCCUAGAGUUGAUAGACAAGGCGUCGCCGUCCCCCAGCAAGCGCAGCAAGCCACGCCACACGCUCUCGCUAGCAGACCGGACGCGCCUUUCCAUGGGCCCGCGCGCAUCUAUGGACUUUUUGGAACAUGACGAACCCGAACCCGAACCCGAACCCACCAAAAAGACACCGCCUUCUGCCGACAGAGGCAACAGCAGAACACUUGUCGAUGACGAUGAUGACGACUGUCACGAUCUUGUCAGCCGCACGCGUCGCAGCAUGGCAGGCUUCGAAAAAGCCAAACAAAAAGCCCAAAUUGAGCGGCGCAGGUCGCAGCGUAUGUCUAGGCUGCCGCCGCGCAGGGAGGGGAGCCACUGCCCGGUCGUGGAGGAGGACGAGUCGGAGAGGACGAUGCUGGCAGAAGAGCUUCUUGGGGAGGAGGACAUGGAGGCCGUCUUUAGGUCGAGGCCUAAGAUCAAAGCGAGCCCGAUGCCCAGCCCGACCAAGGAGCUGGAGUUUGACGACUACUAG